GCAGCCACUGCGACGGCAGCGCCGACCACUUUGGCGCUGACGACUGGACCAUCGGCGGGGCCAGUGACACCUUCGUCAAGGCAUGGCUGCAGUGCCACGGACAGGCUUUCCCAGAUGCCAUCGUUGGGGACCUCUACGCCUUCGACCCGAUCGGACGCGAGGCGGUCGCCGGGCACAAGAGACGUGCUCGACUUCAGGCGGCCGUGCUCGGCGGGGACGAGGACGAGGCCAUGGACGCUGAGGAGUGGGUCUAUGCUGACCUCGAGGACCCAGCGUUCGGGACGCUCGUCGCCGCCGAUGUCCUCGAGGGGGACGAGUUCGUGGAGCUGGGCAACCGCGGCUUGGUGCGCCGCGAAGGUACAGCUCGGGGGGUCGAAAAGGUUGGACGUGCUCGACUGGGCGAGUGGGCUGAGCAGCGUCGCGUCGGCGCUGAGGACAUCAGGAGUCUGGGCGUCCACACAGCCGCGGACGGCACACGUCACCUCGGGUGGCCGGACGCCGUCGGCAUGCUGCGCGAGAGUGACAUGCCGGAGUGGAAGUUCGAGGGGCCACGAGUGUGCAAAGAACUGGCCGCCUCGAUUCGAGAAGGAGCAGGGAAUCCGACUUCGUACCACGCCGAGUGGAUCAGGCUGUCGGGGGUUAACCAGAAUAGCGCCAUCGCCUAUGAGCACAAGAACGCCAUGGAGAUGUUGCGUGUGGCCACCAGCACCGACCAGGUCGACAUCAGCAACCUGGCCUCGUUCGAGCUUCUCGCGAGGCGGGUCGUCAUGCUGGAGAUGGCGGUGGCGCGAGACCCCCGGGAUCCCGACUUCAGUGGGCUCGGAGUCAUUGCUGACGGCGCGGUGGGGACCGACGGUGCUGCACGAGCGCCGAGAUUCCGCACCUGGGUGUCGGACCGUCAGAAGGAGAGGGCGAACAUCCUCAAGCAGUCGAGGUUGUACAAGGAGGAGACCAGGAACGAGCGGGACAGGCUUGUUAGAGAUACAGUACUCGGUGUCAACCAACUGGCGGCCGCUCAAGCUAACAAUUCGCACUUUCGACGAUCUCCGCUGGCGAGCUCAGCUCCUACAGCAGUCCAGCGGGAGAUGUUGGCGAGUCUCGAGGAUCGGGUGGGGCGUGCAGGCCUGGUCCCCGAAGGCCUCGCUCCAAGCAGAGCCCUCCGGGAGCUCUUCAAGACGAAGGACCUGUACGGUCAAGAGCCACGUCACCUUGCCAGUUAUGAUCCAGCCAAGCUGCGAGUGGCCAAGGGAGUGGUGGAACCCAAGGAUGCGAGAGCGCUGCUACCACCUCAUGCAGCGCAGAGGCUCCGACGCUACAAGACGUGCAUCGAGCUGUCCGCCGAGGAGAUCGAGGCCAAGUUCGCCUCCGAGCCCUCGCCCAAGCCCUACUGGGACCCCGUGCUGCGGCGCAACAAGCGAGCCCGGCACGAGCUCUUCGAGCGCCUCCUCUCCUCGGGCAUCCUGGUGCCCAGGAGGCGGCUCAAGGGCCGCAUCGGGCUCUUCUUUGUCAAGAAGAAGCUGGGGACCGCGCAGUCCUUCGCGGAGCUCAACCUGGCCGAGUUCGCGGAUGUGGCGGCGGAGAUGGCGACUCAUUGUGUUCUGCCUGGUGCUGGGGGUGUCCCAGCUUUGGACUUCCACCAGAGUGGCGCUGACGUGCGCGACGGCUUCUACCAGUUCAGCAUCGUCGAGGUGGCCGACUGGUUCGGUAUCGACGAGUCGUUCAGCAAGGGGAGUUUUGGCAUCACCAAGGUGUUCGACCCCGAGCUGGGCGUGGACGUGGAGCUGGCCACGCACGAGUCCUUCUACCUCUGCAUGGGGGCCAUGCCCAUGGGAUGGUCGUGGGCCCUCUACUUCUGCAACGAGGCGGUGGCUUCUCGCGCGGCGGCUGUGGCCGCUGAUGGUUGGGGUGGCUUGCUCCGAGAGCGCGCUCCGGCCCCCCGCCUGGUCCCUGGGCGGCCCGUCCACGCCGUGUACGUGGACAACCACACGGGGCUGGGGCACAGCGCCAUGGACGCAGAGCAGGCCCACCAGGACUUCCGCGCGCAGUGUGCCGCCUUCGGCUUCGAUCUCCACGAUGAGGUCCCCUGCAGCCCCUAUCUCGAGGCUCUCGGGCUGCAGUUUGACGGGCCGGGCCGCCGCCUGCGGCAUCGAUCGGCCCGCCUCUGGCGCUUCAAGCUGGCGACUGCAGCCCUGCUUCGCCGCCGUGUGGUGGCAGGGUGGCAGCUCGAGAUCUGGCUGGGCCACGCCGUACACAUGUGCGGCCUCUGCCGGCCCCUUCUGUCUAUCCUGUCCCAGAGCUACGCCUGCGUCGCGGCUCACAAGGAGAGGUCAGGACGCUUGUGGCGAGGCGUUCGGCGUGAGCUCUGGCUCAUGUCCAACCUGGUCUUCACCUGCGAGGUGGAGCUGGACGCGCCGUUCAACUCGUCGGUCUACCUCGGCGACUCGUCGGGCUACGGCUACGCUCUCAUGGAGACGAAGGGCGCAGGCGACGAGCUGCUGGAGGACUUCAAGUGGAGGGAGCGCUGGCGGUUCAAGGCCGCGCCGCCGCUGCCUCCGCCGCCGCGCCCGACCUUGGAGGCGUUGGGGGCGGCCUUCGGGGUCUGCUUUGACGGCGACGAUCCCGAGCAGCUGGAGGCGUUCGGGGAGCCCCACGUCGUGGGGGGGACCGCCUGGGAGCCGCUGGGGGCUCGGACGCGCCUGGCGCAGUGGGCCGCCGAGGCAGCCCGCGCAGCGGAGGUCGUGGCCGAUCCCAAGCGGUGCAGACGUCGGCGAUCGGCCCGAGGGGCCGCGCCGCGGGAGGAGGUGGAAGUGUUCGAGGCCAUCCCCGUGGUCGGCGCCUGCUGGGACAAUAGGCGGCGCUGGCGUACGCUGGUGGAGGGCUUCUGGCACUGGAAGCAGGAGCACAUCAACGUCAAGGAGGCUAGGGUCUGUCUCAUGGGUCUCCGACGUAGCUUGCGGACUCGACGGGGCUGCCACCGCCGGCUGCUCACCCUGUCGGACAACCUCGUGUCCGCCGUGGUGUUCGACCGUGGCCGCUCGUCGAGCUGGGCGCUCAAUGCGCUGUGCCGCCGAGCCGCGGCCUAUCAGGUUGCCGGCUGUGUGGCGUGGCGGGUCCGCCACAUCCGCACGGACAGGAACCACGCGGACGAGGGCUCCCGUCGUCCCCGAGCCCCGCGAGUGCAGGUACCCACGAGACUGGAGGGCGGGGCGCCAGCGGCCUCUCUGCGGAGGGGAGGCCGCUGCCUGGGCGCGCCUCGACAUCAUGGCGCGCCCCAGGCGGUCCAAGCCUCGCUCGAGCUCUUCUCGGGCUCGGGCCAGCUCACCGCCUCUCUUCGGCGCUUGGGGCUGCGAGUCCUGCCAGGCGCCGAGAUCAGGCGCUCCGCCCGAUAUGAUUUGUCACGUCGCACGACGCAGCGAGCUGUGCUGCGUUGGAUUCGGAGUGGGAAGCUCUGGUACGUACAUCUGGGGACAGCAUGCUCCGCCUGGUCAGUCGCCCGCUCCGCGCCUUAUAAUAUCGAGCGGGCGCGGCGGUUGGAGGCAGUGUCUGUCGACAUGGCGCUCUUCACAGCGGAGGUCAUCAAAGAGUGUGACCGCUGUGGCGUACUGUGGUCGCUGGAGAAUCCUGCCAGCUCGAAGUUGUUUCGCUUCGAGCCCCUUGCUGUCCUUGCCAGUCUGCCAGACGCCCGAUACGUCUCGUUCGAUCUUUGUGGAUUCGGAGAAAAUGUUCGCAAACCGACCACCAUCUUCACCAAUGCCAUCUGUCUGGACAUCCUGGGGAGAAGAUGUGAUGGGUCACACCGCCAUGAGCCUCUGCAGGGUGGGCUCAAAGCUGGAGCCUACUCGCCCGCCCUCUGCCGAGAGCGGGCUGCCGCGCUAUGCUCGGCGGCGCCUCCUCAGGCCUUCGGCGACUCCGAGCCACUCGCCUCCGAGUGGGGCGCGGAGCUGGAGGCGCUGGUGCCGCGGUCGCAUGGUGCUGCAGCGAAACUCGGGGAGGCUCACGGCGGGACUGACGCCGAGAGCCGCGGGCAGGACUUCCUCGCGCGCCACGCCGUCGAGUUCGGCGGCGCGCGGGGUCAUCAAGGCGGCCCUGAGGAGAAGGAGCGGCUGGCGGUGGCGCGCAGGGCGCGGGUCCCGCCAGCGGCGCGCGACGACUUCCUGCGGCUCGGGACCAUCCGCGACUCCACGAAGCGGCUCUACUCAGACGCGCUCGGCAGGUUCAAGGGCUGGGCGAAGUCGAGGCACUACGACCUGGGUAGCUUCAGCUCCACGGACUCGGCGAUGGAGCAGUACUUCACCGACUUGUACUUCGAGGGGUCUGGCCCCGCCGAGGGCCGCAACGUCCUCUACGGCUAUAUUCACUUCGAGACGCACCUGGAUCGAAACAAGGCCAACCUCUUCCCGAAGGCGUCGAGGGCGCUUCGAGGGUGGACCACUCGGGCUCCCCAGCGAGUCCGUGAUCCCAUCCCCUUCGGCGUCGUCUGCCUGAUCGGCCUCUACCUCCUGGACAAGGGCCUGACCGCCGCCGCCGUGUGCCUGGCUCUGCAGUUCGACUGCUACCUGAGGCCGGAUGAAGCUGUGUCGCUCCUCCUGUCCUCGGUGCUGCCGCCUGCUCCCCGGGCUGGCCGGCGCUAUGCGCGGGCCUGGGCGCUGCUCCUGGGCGAGGCCGAGCACGCAGCGCCCACCAAGACUGGGGUCGUGGAUGGGACAGUGGUGAUCGGCGAGCUGCAGCGAGCCUGGGUGGCGGAGGCGGUAGGCCUUUGGUACCGCGUGGGCAGUGCAGCUCCCUACAUGUUCGACCUGACUCUCUCCAAGUACGAGGCCCUCUUUCGUCAAGCCGCUUUUGACUUGGGCCUCUCAGAUCUGGACAUCUCUCCUCACG